AUGCCGCCAUUACGCGGGACUUCGGCAGCUCCCAAAACCCGUGAAGGGAGAAACGAAGACCCGGACGGGUGUGCUUCUGAAACAAGACUACAAGACCAGGAGUGCCUCAUGACCAGAGGAGAUCCAAACUCCGUGGACGACAUGACUACUAAGACCGGACGAGACGAGUCCCCUACCAACUAUGACGACCAAGAAGCUGACACACGGACUCCUGGUCUAAAGGCCGCCGUGCGCUACCAGAAAACAGCCACUUCGCAGGCCACGACUACUGCAACUACCCCUGGGAUUCAGAUCUUCAAAAACCGGAGGUCAAAGAAGCUUAGACCUCCCGCCACGCCCGGACCGCGUUCGGCAACGUCAGGGGCGCCCGCGAACCUGGCAACAACUCCUGGUUACGAAACUGGACCUUCUCCCGGGGUGACUCCCGUCUUCACGGAAGCCCAAAUCGAAGCAAUCAUGCGGGGCGACCUAACGGGCAUCCCCGAAGCUCGGCACGUAGAUAUCGAGGAGCGUCUGUACCCUGUCUCACCAGCCGACCUGGAACGUCAGCUCGUCCGACUCAAAGAAGAAAGAAAGGACGUCAUUCAGGAAAAUAUCGUUGAGGUGGUUACAAUGGCCCUUCGCCGGCCCUUGACACGUGACGACGCGCAUCUGUUCGAGUCACCUUCGGACAUCGACGAUCCUGAUCGCUGGCUCGACUGGUUCUCCAGUAUCCUGGUAACAUGCGAGGAGGCCCGGACGGCUAACCGCAACUUCGAAAACGCGCGAGUGGCGAUCAUUUCCGACACGUGGUGGUCACGUUUCCAGCGAAAAAGCCUGGCCUCAAACGAGCUACCCGGCUUUGGACCCAUCCCUGAGACCGAUUGCACGCCACCCGAGGGUGACGUCCUACCUAUCGGCGGUACUGAAAUUCCCCGUCUACCCGCUCGACAACUGGUCAAAGUCCACGGAGCCGUACAGUACCACUUAAUCGACGACCGGGCCUCUUUCGCCCUACGAUUACGGGACUUGGAACUCACACGACUUCCCUCGGCCAUCUGGCGCAUCCGUCGCAGGACGCUCUCAUCUCGGCGCCACUACCUGGACCUCGCCCUCAGGUGCCAUCACAUUGAAAGCGCCCUCGCCACCCCUGACGGCCGCCCGCAAACCCCGGAGUCUCUCUCCCCGGGUGUCGUUGACUCAAACAAUCCCCUCGAGCCCCUCGACGUCGAAACCACCUAUCUGGGGGCCCCGACGGUCCGCAUCCAAACGGCGGACACGCUCGCGUUAGUGGAUACAGGAGCUUCCGUGACGGUAAUUAGCGAGGCGUUCUGGAACGAGCUCGGGAGUCCUCCUCUCCAAAAACCGGCGUAUGGGUUGGUCUCGGCAUCCAACACGCCUAUACGAACGCUGGGCCUCCGGUACUUCAGCAUCACUCUAGCGGAAAAACAAACGACCUUCCCGGUAUGGGUACUGGUCGACUCCAUCAUCCCGUGCAUUCUGGGGAUUAACCUGUUGCGCAAACUCAAGGCCCUGGUCAACCUCUCGACCAACUGCGUUGGUUUUGGAGAUUCUCCCAUAACCCUACCGCUCCACACCGACGACGCCCAGGCGACACCAAGAACGGUAGCCCAUCUCAAACGUGAGGACCCGCGGGAGCCACCGGCACAGAAAGCUCACGAACCCGCGCCUUCGGCUUCCCUACACAUCAUGCCGACCAACUGGCCCACUGUCCACCCCACGCCCACGGUCUAUGUCAAAAGCAACUCCCGCAGGCUUGUCUUAUGCCACAUCUCGUCAGACCUCCCGGAAGGGUGCCAUAUACUGGUAGAGUCCACUGCCUCGUUGUCCCCUUUACAUAUCGCCCGUUCGAUCAACAUCGUCCGGAAGGAAGGCUUCUGGGUCCAGGGACCACACGGACACACCCGCUUCGGACACGUCGACCACCCCGUCGCCCCGGAGCGCGACUUCUCUGCAGAGGGGAGAGAGGAAGGCACCACAGGAGGCGGAACACUCUGCGCACUAACCACAGGAGCGCAGGAAACAAGUACGAAACCAGGCAAGGAAGAGAUCCAAAUUGACUGGAAGGAUUCCAGCUUGAGUCUCGAACAGAAAGAACUCCUCCGAAAACUUCUCCUGCGCUUCGACCUCUUCGUCUCGACAUCAAAAGCCCCGGGAAGGACUGACCUGACCAAAUGCCACAUCAACACCGGGGAUGCGAGCCCGAUCAAACAAGCGACAUUCCGAGUGACCCAACGGGAGGGAGAAGUGAAGCUGUAG